AUGCAAGGGUGCGCUACACUUCCUAGGCCCGGGUGUAGUGGAAAAUAUGCAAGGGUUGAUAGGCCGUCGUCCGGAAGCGGCGCGCCACCCAAGGGUGGUGUUAACUAUCCAAGGUUUCAUGGUAAGGGUAGGAGUAAGGGUAAGGGUAGUAGGAUGCGUUUUGGGACUUGGAACAUUGGUUAUUUGACAGGGAGAUUAGUCGAAGUAGUAGAGGCAAGAGAAAUAGCUCCAUGGGGUUAUAAGCUUUGGUAUUCGGGAAAAACUAGGGGUAGGAAUGGAGUAGGUAUCCUUAUUGACCGAGAAUAUAGUGAUGAUGUAGUGGACGUGUCCCGAAAGAGUGAUCGAAUUAUGAGUAUUAAGCUUGUGAUAGGGGAUGAAGUUGUAACUAUUGUGAGUGCCUAUGCACCACAAGUAGGACUAGAUGCUUCAAACAGACAAGAAAUUUGGGAGGAUUUAGAAGAAGUGGUACAACGUGUCCCUAGAAGUGAGAAACUGAUCAUUGGUGGGGAUCUCAACGGACAUGUAGGCUCGAGUCGCGAUGGAUUUGAAAGCAUUCAUGGUGGUUUUGGGUAUGGGGAGCGGAAUGAAGCGGGAAAUGCUAUUUUGGAUUUUGCAUUGGCAUAUGACUUGGGAAUAAUGAACACUUGGUUUGAGAAAAGAGACUCUCAUCUAGUAACCUAUAAGAGUGGAGAUAAUACGAGUCAGAUUGACUUCUUUUUAGUAAGGAAUGCUUUGAGACAGUGCUAUACCAAUUGUAAGGUGAUUCCGGGUGAGAGUACAACAACCCAACAUAAGCUUGUGGUCCUUGAUUUUUGA